AUGGCAUUGCACGCUUACUCGCUAUGGAUCUUUGAUCGGCAUUGCGAUGUGAUUUACCACCAGGAUUGGUCUCAUCUUCACCAGCGACUCAAUGCCACAGCGUCAAGCGCCUCAUCAUUAACCUCGUCACUUUCCUCGACCCUGCAACUUGUCGGUGGUGGUAGCAGUGAGGCGGACAAGUCCGGUCCUCAUACCGCACCCAAACGCGCACGUGGCGAAACGAUGGAUGGAGUGACGCGGUCCGUUAACGCGGCAAACGACGAUGCUGCUAUCGAUCCACGUCUCUUACCAUUCGAUGAGGAAGCAAAGCUGAUUUACGGUCUCGUAUAUUCACUGCGAAAUCUUGCUCGAAAACUGGGUGGAUCCCAGGAGACAUUUCACAAUAUAUCGACCACUACCUAUUCCCUCACUCAUAUGCAGACGCCCAGCAUGUAUACAUUUGUGCUGAUCACUGAUCCACCACCGCGUGUGUCGGACAAAAGCGCAUUCUUCGGUACGCCAGGUACGACUACAAUCCCUGGCACAAAUGGCAUGAAUCUACGCGGCGUCUUACGCGAGCUGUGGCGCGGACCGUGGGUCCAAUUUGGCGCACAUCAUCCUCUCGUCGGUGCCACGGAACGGGACGCAUUUGGCGUGCAGACGCCGUCCAGUUCCAGCACAUCCAGUCACAUCCAGCGCAAGCGCGGUAUUGAUAAUGAUGCUCUCCGUAAGAGCAUUGAGCGUUUAUUGGCGCAGUACAAACUCCUCCCUACAUUAUAG